AUGGGGAAAUUCAGAAGUAUCCUUCUUUUGUGCCUUGGCUUUCUUCUAGUCCAUGUAAGAGGUCAACGUGAUUUUGAUUUAGCUGAUGCUCUUGAUCACCCAGAGGACAUAAUUACCAGGAAGCCUACGGUGACCAGAAGACCGGCAAGGCCUGUGCUGAACAAUGAUCUGCAUUUAGGAGAUGCUCUUGGUGGGGGUGACAUCCCAAGAAAACCUUUAUACCCACCUCUUCCACCACGACCGGGAAGCCAUGGUAAUUCUGGAGGUUUUGAUGACUUAGAUCUUCUUGAUGGGAAGCCUUUACCACCGCACAUAGCAGGAGAAGAGGAACAUAAUUUCAAUCGUGGAGGAAAUACGGAUUCAGGAUUAAUAGCUGGAGUUACAUCUCCUAUAAUUUCUGCUUUCGUAAUAUUAGUUGUUGGAUCGAUAGCGGCCUACUCUGCUUAUAAGAACAAGAGACUCUGUUUCAAGCCACAUGGUAAGACCAAAUUGGUUUCCAGUUGA